AUGGCACGAGCUCCCGUCCUCGCCGGAUGCCUCCUCCUCGUCCUAGUGGCGAUGGCGGCCUCUCCCGUCGGCGCGGAGGCGCCUGCCCCCGCUCCGGAGAAGUCCAAAACCACCUCGCUGCCGGCGGCCGCGCUGGCGAAGGCGCACGGCGCGGCGGCCGGCGUGGUCGGCACUCUCGAGGCCGGCGUGGCCGGGACACUCGGGAUACUCAAGAACACGCUUGGCGCGCAUCCUGGCGCCAAGGGUGCUAAAGGCCCUGCCGCCGCCGGUGCCCCGCAAGAAGACGUGGCGCCCGCCAUGGCCCCUGCCGGUGCUCCUGCCGCCGCUGGCUCUCGGCGACAUGGCAAGGGUGCUGCCAAUGCCCCUGCUUCCGGCGCGCCCUCCGGCGCGCCCGCCGGCGCUCCAGAACAUGGCUCCGCCGCAAUGGGUCCUGCCGCCGGCGCUCCGGAGUAUGGUGCGUCCGCCAUGGCCCCCGAAGCGGGAUCUCCAGCGCACCACGCCUUCACCAUGGAGCUAGGCGCCUUCGGUCCUACCGCCGAGAGCGAGGAGGCCGAGGAGGCUCCAGCGGGCGCCCCCGAGGCGGAAGCAGGGGCCGAGGGUGAGGCCACGGGCCCGUCCGCCUCCGAAGGACCGGAUGCCGCCGCCGGCCCGGGCUCUGAAGCGUCCAGCGAAGAAGCCGCCUUCCCGCCCGAUGCGCCCAUCGCCGGUGAGGCCCCCAUGGCCGAGGUCACCACCUCCGACAACAGCGCUCCGGCGACCGAAGCGACCCCCGCCGCUAACACCGCCGAGGGGCCCGCCGCCGCCACGGCAGAGGCUCCCGGUCCCGACUCCGAGGAGGCCGACGCUAGCGGAGCGAGCGUCGUCGUCGCGUCCGGCGGCCUCGGGGCUGUCGUCGCGUUCUUAGUCACCGUCGUGUCUGUCGUGGCUGCUCUCUAA